AAGACUAAACAAAAGUAGCAGAAAGAAGAAGAAAGAACACUACACGCACGCGAGAAACUCCAGAUCUUUCUUCUUCUCUCUCUCUCUCUCUGGCCGCAUCUACUUCUUUACGUAUCUGUAGAGUUUUCGUAUGAUUGCGUCCUCGUGUCUUAAUUUAACUGUUUUUUUUUGUAGCCGUUCGAUAAUAAUAAUCUGUCAAUCAAUCCGAUUUAUAGAUUCCGAUCGUUGUUGUGGAGGAGGUAUUGGAAGAAUAGAAUCGGAGAGGAUCGUGGUUUCUUUCCAUCAUCUCAAAAGGAAAAGACAAGUGUAGAUAAAGACUUUAAUGCCAUAGGAAUCCAAGCUAAUGCAUUCUUAAGAUCAGAUCUGCAGCUUUUCCGACACAAACGCCUCGCAUGGUCUUCAUUUCUCUCUCGUCUCCUCGAACAAAAAAAGGUUUGUUUUGUCUCACAAGUGAAAGUUAUGGUCGUAUAAUAGCACUCACAUGCAUCAAAAGAACCUUUUACCUUUGAAUUGAUAUGUCAGGAGUUGAAGAAAAUGGAACCCUUGACGAAAUCAGGGAGAGAAGAUCAGACUUUGAGAUCUCUGAAGAAGAUGAAAGACGCCGCUUCUCUAAGAUCGGCACUUUGAAGAAGAAGGCCAUUAAUGCUUCCACCAAGUUCACUCAUUCUCUCAAGAAAAGAGGGAAAAAGAAAAUUGACUACCGGUUUCCUCCACUCUCCAUUGAAGAUGUGAGAGAUGAAAAAGAAGAGAGCGUUGUGCUUGAGUUCCGCCGUAACCUCCUAGACAGAGACUUGUUACCUCCUAGACAUGAUGACUACCAUACUCUUCUCAGAUUUUUGAAAGCGAGGGAUUUCAACAUUGAGAAAACCAUCCAGAUGUGGGAUGAAAUGCUUAGAUGGAGAAAAGAGUAUGGGACAGAUACCAUACUAGAGGAUUUUGAAUUCCAAGAGCUGGAGGAAGUUGUGCAAUACUAUCCUCAAGGCUAUCACGGAGUUGACAAGGAAGGAAGACCUGUCUACAUUGAAAGACUUGGAAAAGCUCAUCCCUCUAAGCUCAUGCGUAUCACCACCAUCGAUAGAUAUCUAAAGUACCAUGUUCAAGAGUUCGAGAGAGCUCUCCUUGAGAAAUUCCCUGCAUGCUCCAUUGCUGCAAAGCGUCGUAUCUGUUCCACCACUACAAUACUCGAUGUGCAAGGACUGGGCAUGAAGAAUUUUUCACAAACAGCUGUAAAUCUUGUGGCUGCCAUGUCGAAGAUAGACAACAGCUACUACCCUGAGACGUUGCACAGAAUGUACAUUGUAAAUGCUGGAACAGGUUUCAAGAAGAUGCUUUGGCCUGCUGCUCAGAAGUUUCUUGACGCAAAGACCAUUGCAAAGAUACAUGUGCUAGACCCCAGAUCUUUAUCCAAAUUACACGAAGUCAUUGAUUCAAGUCAAUUGCCGGACUUCCUCGGAGGUUCAUGCUCUUGCUUUGGCGACGGAGGGUGUCUUCGCUCUAAUAAAGGACCCUGGAAUGAUCCUGAGAUAAUGAAGCUCAUCUACCAUGGAGAAUCAUCAUCACUCUUUAAGCAAAUCAGUAGGAAGCUGAGUGACCCUCAGAAUUCUUCAUCCUACAUUAGUAUACAUCCAUCUAAGGCUAUGCAAGCUGAGAGUUCAGCAGCAGAAUCUGAAUCUUGUUCGGAUGUUCCUACUUGUCUAACUGGAAGAAUGUGCUCAGCCUCCUCUGCUCAUGUGAAUCCAGUUUAUGAGGAAGCUAGGGCAUCAGAUGUUAAUGGCUAUUAUAGUUGCGAUGACAAGUUUCCCAUACCUAACAGAGCUACUAACCGAAAAGGCCACCAAAUGCUCGAACUAGAUCAACUAACACUCAGUUUAAAAAACGAGACAUCUACACCAGGUGCCUCCAUCAUACGAUGGCUUCAUGAGUUAAGAACUGAGAACAUAGCGAAAAGAAUACUUGCGUUGUUGCUGAAACUAGCAGCAGUUUUCCGUUGUAUCCCGUUUCAGCUUCUGAGGAGGAAGAAUACAAUUACUCCUUCAAGGGCAACGGAAGAUGAACUCAACCCAACACAUGCAGAGACGACAAUGAAAGACAAGAUCCGCCCCUGUUUGGAACGUAUUCAGGAACUGGAGAAAGUGUACGAGGAGAUCAGGAACAAACCAGUUGAAAUUCCUGUAGAGAAGGAGAGAAUGCUGAUGGAUUCUCUGGACAGAAUCAAAUCGGUCGAGUUUGAUCUCGUAAAAACAAAGGGGGUUUUGCACGCAACAGUGAUGAAACAGAUGGAAAUAACUGAAAUGCUGGAAAGUUUACGAGACUCGCAGCUUCACAGAAGAAGAUUGUUCUGUUAGAAUAAAAACCAUAAGCGAACAUCUUCUUGCUGAAUUUUGCAUAAAUACAGCUCCAAACUUCUGCACAUACAGUGAGAAAUAACAGAUUUUACAAAUGAAGAAACAUCCUUGCUCCUCCUCUAACUUGAGUGACACGCCAUCUUUCUUUGUUUCUCAUAGGUCCAUCUGCUUCCACUUUUUUUUUUUAAAGUUAAAAAGAAAAGAAGAAGAUAAAGAGGACAGGGACAGAGAAUCUUUGAUGGUUGAUGUAGAUUUGAGAUGAGAAUUUGAGUAUAAAAGCUGAUAUCAAACCCUGUUGUUGUAGUCGAAGUAGAGAAGAAACUAGACUAGAAAAAAAAAAAACAUAAUGUGAGAUCUCUUUUAAGGUUAUGGUAAUAAGAUAACACUACGAGACU